UGCGCGAACGUGGUCUCUGGAAACUUUGUGCCGGCGUCCCCCAUCUGCUCCCGGGCGGUUCUCGCAUCCUCUGGGCGGCGGGGAGAGGAGAGGCCCGGCGCCCAACGCAGCGCCCCCUCCUCACCGCCCGACCCCGCCUCGCGGGCUCUCGGCGCGCAUCCCCCCCCGCCACCCCGGCUGCUCCCCCACUGCGGCGACGCCUGGGCCGGGGUCCCAGCCCUCUGGUUCCUUCGCGAGCAUCCUUUCUGUUCCCCUCCCCCUCCCUGACCCCUCUGCUCUGCGGUCCAGCCAUGGCCUCUCUGCCUUCUCACCCCGUCGCCACCAUUCGCCCGCUCCGAGCCACGGGAGCGUCGGCAGCUUUUUGCAUCUUCCAAAGGUUUCUGAUCUGAGUUGCAUCCACUCUGAUCACCACUCACUCACUUAGGACUUUCCAGACGCAGGACUCCAGAGUAAUCAGACUCCUCAAGAAAGUGACUGUAAUUUCCAGUUCCUUGGUGGAGGAAAACAAAACACUCUGGUCUUGCUUCCAAUGAUGCAAGUGUGAUUGCUGGCGUCUUCAUGAGCUCCAGAGGUCACAGCACGCUACCACGGACUCUCAUGGCCCCUCGGAUGAUUUCUGAGGGAGACAUAGGAGGCAUCGCUCAAAUCACUUCCUCGCUCUUCCUGGGCAGAGGCAGUGUAGCCUCCAACCGGCACCUCCUCCAGGCUCGUGGCAUCACCUGCAUUGUUAAUGCUACCAUCGAGAUCCCCAAUUUCAACUGGCCCCAGUUGGAAUAUGUUAAAGUGCCUCUGGCUGACAUGCCUCACGCCCCCAUUGGACUAUACUUUGACACCGUGGCCGACAAGAUCCACAGCGUGAGCAGGAAACACGGGGCCACCUUGGUGCACUGUGCUGCAGGGGUCAGCCGCUCGGCCACGCUCUGCAUCGCGUACCUGAUGAAAUACCACAACGUGUGCCUGCUGGAGGCGUACACCUGGGUGAAAGCCCGGAGGCCCAUCAUCAGGCCCAACGUGGGCUUCUGGAGGCAGCUGAUAGACUACGAGCGCCAGCUCUUUGGGAAGUCGACAGUUAAAAUGGUACAGACACCUUACGGCGUAGUUCCAGACGUUUACGAGAAGGAGUCCCGACACCUGAUGCCUUACUGGGGGAUAUAAGUCACCAAAGCCUGCAUCAGCAGCCCCUCGAGCAGUACCAGCAUCUGCUGCACGCGUCUGCUCCCCUCUUCACCUUUCUUUCCAAAUGGUUGACUUUUGGUUCUCCCUGAAGUGUUUUUUACACUGGGUGUUCAUGUCUAUCUUAAGAGAGAGAGGGAGGGGAGGAACGUAAGGGGAAUGCUUACACAGCUACUGACAUUUUUAAAACUAACAUUUUGGAAUAGCGUUUAUGAAAAUCUUUAACUGGCUUUUAAUCAUUUUUAACAAUUUGAACAGUUUAAUAAACUGGUUCUGCUCUAUUCUCAAUCCCAUGCCUUUUGGCAUCAUGGGAGGAGCUCAGUGCAAAAAUCACUUUGGGCCCUGAUUAACCCUUUAGAUACAAGCUUUGCCCAAGGCUGCCGACCAAACACAUGCUUAGGGAACAUUGAUACCGGUGUCAAUCUCUACUGGAUCAGCCCUCUUUCCUUUCCCCCUAUUAUUUAGUGACUCUGUAAGUUAAAAAAACAAGCCUUUAUUAUUUAGCUGUUAAGUAAUUAUAUUGAAAUCUGCUGCAAACACCCUGUUGGAAUCAAUGUGCCCCAGGACUACAUUAGCAUUAUUUUUAAUAAAUAUAUCUGCUUAA